CAAGCAGAGAGGAAUUUGCCAAUCUUGCUAUGGAAUUUGAAGAACGAUGGAAUUUUCCUCAUUGUGUUGGUGCCAUAUAUGGGAAACAUGUACAAAUGGUUUGCCCUCCAAAUACAGGUUCUUUGUAUUAUGAUUAUAAAGGCCACUUUAGUAAAGUUCUCCUAGCUGUAAGUGAUGCCAAAUACAGAUUUAUAUAUGUUGAUAUAGGAGGAUUUGGUGGAAGAAGUGAUGGAGGUAUAUUUUCCCAUUCAAGUCUUGGCAGAUCACUGGAAACAAGAAAAUUGGAUUGGCCACAAUCAUCACCAAUAAGUGGAAUGCCUAGUAACCUACCAUAUUUUAUGGUUGGUGACGAGGCAUUUCCAUUAAAAACUUAUUUACUUCGACCAUAUCCUGGCAGACAAUUAACAACGAAAAAAAGAAUAUUUAACUACAGACUUAGCCGAGCUAGACGUGUCAUAGAAAAUACAUUUGGUAUUCUUUCUGCACGUUGGAGGAUUCUAUGCAGAUGCAUUCAAGCUUCUCCAGAAACUGUAGAUAGUAUCAUAAAAGCUUGUGUGUGUCUGCAUAAUUUUGUGAUGACAAAAGAAAGCAAAGUUAAUUCAGACAUGAAAUGUUAUUGUCCCUCCCAUUUUAUUGAUAAAUAGGCUGCUGAUGGAACUAUUAUAGAAGGACAGUGGAGAAAGGAGAUAGGAAGUGGAUCAUCAUCUCUUCCUCAAAGACCAUGUCAACAGCAUAAUUAUUCGCAAUGUGCAAGAGAUAAUCGAGAGCAAUUUGCUAUUUAUUUUCAAGAAAAUAAUAUUUUACCAUGGCAAUUAAAUU